UACAAGUCAUACGAUUCGGACUCAAUACCUCACAAGGGAGGGAAGGAGCAGCCGUGGUGUGUCUUUAAAGAUCAAACUUGGAAGCAAGCAGGCGACAGCGCCGUUGCUGCAGUGCAGCGACCAUGACAGUUGAUCCAAUUGAAGCCUUCUCGCCUCCCUCUCACCCAUCUUCCCAUUUCAGUCAACAGCGCCACUUCUAUGUUGCCGUUGACAGGCUCCAGUUUAAGAUGGAAACGUUAGUGGGUUUGUUGGACGUGGCCGGUCGCCGUCCGUCCUUGCCGAUGAUCGUGUGUUGUAGUUCUCGCGACGAGCUCGAUGCUGUCUGCUCCGCCGUCUCCAACCUCCAAUACAUUUCUCUGGCCUCUUUGUACAGUGACCUUGCUGAAGCAGACCGUGCACUGAUUUUAGAGAAAUUUCGGCAAACAACAUCAAGAUGGAGCCAAAAGUUCAGUUCUCUAUCAGAAGACAAAUUUGAGGUGGAGAAAGUUGGAGAAAAAUCUCACAUGAUUGUAGUAACAGACGCCUGCCUUCCACUUCUUGCUUCUGGGGAGUCACCUCUUGCUGCCCAUGUUUUGAUAAAUUAUGAGAUACCAACAAAGAAGGAAACGUAUAUGAGGCGCAUGACUACCUGCUCAGCCUCAGAUGGGAUCUUGAUCAACAUGGUUGUUGGGGGAGAAGUGGUAACUCUCAAAAGCAUUGAAGAAAGUAGUGGCCUUGUUAUUGCUGAGAUGCCCAUUAACAUUUCUGAAAUUUUGUGAGGAUGUCUGCUACGAUGGAACAUCUAAGGACAACACAGAAGGUUUGAUUUGAAGGUGUUUUACUUACCAACUGAUCAUUGAUAAUUUUAAAUUUCAUUGAUAACUUAUGCUGGUUGAUGUGUACCUAAGAGAAUUUUCCAGUCUAUUGAACUGGGGGCUAUUUAUUGCGAGAAUGGAAUGCUGAGAUAUUUUGGUGUUCAA